AUGCGAGGGAAACAUUUCUCCGCGGUGGCUCUUUCAGUAAUUACGGUGCGAAUGUUCAUGCAAAGUAGGCGACCUAAAGCUGCAGAUGUCAUGACGCUUGUGGGCGGCGAGUUCGACAUGGAAUUAAAUUUUGUGAUUCAAGACGCGCAGAAUAUCCAACACAUGCUUGAACUUCUAGAUCACUGUCCUCCGAGCUUACAGGCGGAGAUUUGGUCGGUGUUCAUUGCUAUCUUGCGCAAGAGCGUUCGCAAUCUCCAGGCGUGUACAGAUGUGGGUCUUAUUCACCAUGUUCUCCAGAGGCUACCACGGGCAGAGACCGUUGUCGCAGAUUUACUGAUAGAAAUGCUGGGUGUCCUGGCCAGCUACAGUGUCACAGUGAAGGAGCUAAAACAGCUAUUCAACGCUAUGAAAGCCGUUAACGGCAAAUGGCCGCGGCAUUCGGCAAAGCUGCUCAAUGUAUUAAGACAAAUGCCACAUAGAAAUGGACCUGAUGUGUUCUUCAGCUUCCCUGGCAGGAAGGGUUCUGCCGUAGUUCUUCCUCCGUUAGCGCGGUGGCCCUACGAGAACGGAUUCACAUUCACAACUUGGUUUCGCCUAGAUCCUAUAAACUCGGUGAACAUCGAACGAGAGAAGCCAUAUUUAUAUUGUUUCAAAACGAGCAAGGGUGUCGGCUACACGGCGCACUUCGUGGGAAACUGUCUCGUGCUAACCUCCAUGAAAGUGCGAGGCAAAGGGUUCCAGCACUGCGUCAAAUACGAGUUUCAACCCAGGCGGUGGUACGCGAUAGCAGUCGUUUACAUUUACAACAGAUGGACUAAGAGUGAAAUUAAAUGCCUGGUCAACGGUCAACUGGCUUCCAGCACGGAAAUGGCGUGGUUCGUCUCUACAAAUGACGUAAGUUAA